AUGCCAUCGCUCCUCACUGUCAUUAUCCAAUCGGCACUCCUCAAAGCUGCUGCCAACACCACCGCGCAAGUUCUCAGUACACGAGGGCUCAAUGCUCCUGUUUUGAUUGACUGGAAUCGUGUUCUCGAGUUCGCAGUCUUCGGUGUCAUUUCUGCGCCCUUGAUCUCAUUAUGGCAGAAAUUCCUCGAUGAAACCUUUCCCACCCAAUAUGAAACGAAAUCCAGCUCGCAGCAAGCCAAACUCUCUUCAAUUAAUUGGGGCAAUAUUUUACUCAAACUACUGUUGGACCAAACUAUCGGACUAUUUGUGACGAACGUCACAUUCAUUGUGUGCACGUCGGCCACACGGCUCCGAAGUAGUCAAUUGAUUUUACGCGAAAUCGAUGCCCGGAUAUGGAGUAUUUUGAAAGCCGGUUGGAAGAUUUGGCCUGCUAUGGCGUUAAUCAAUUUCAUAUGGAUUCCGUGGCAAUGGCGAGUGGUGGUGAAUUCGGUCGUUGGAUUUGGGUGGAAUAUUGUUCUUAGCCUUUUGUCAGCUCGAUGA